AGGAAUCCGAGAUAUUCUCCUGCUAGUAGAGAUUGAUUCUGAAGAGUCGAGUUGAAAACGUCACAAAUGCACAACACCAACGGUAAACUGGUUAGGGCCCUGACCACCACCAACUUGGGCCAACACGGUUCUCAAGAACUGGGUCGCAACAUCAUCCUGAUAAGAAGCACCAAAGCAACAGACUCAGGCCAAAUACUACUGAGAACUAAUGAACCACUUCGAAGCUCUAAAACAAACUUGGUCUUAGAAGACACCAGCAACAAUCAGACCAAACAGCGUCACAUCUUGAUACAGCAGAACGACCUGACGGAAGGCGUUCUGGUCCAGUCCGUCAAACGUUUGACGUCUGGUACGCCGAUUCUUCUGCUGGGCGGUGGUGAAGGCUCCAAUGGACACAUUCUGAUCCACACUGGUCCUUCUCACACGGAUGAGAUCCAUCAACACGAAGCCUCAUCUAACGCGGACGAAUCGUCGAGUAGUGAUAACAUUUUAGUGCGUGCUUUCGAAGGAAUUCACGAUAACGAAGUGAACAAAAAUGCGAACACCAGCGCCAAGAUCUGUUCCACCCCUAUCGGAUCAGACGGCGAGCCGAUCAAGUUACCAGAGAACCUGGAGAGCCUUCCCCGCGCUGACCACUUCCCCACGCAGCGCCACCGCUGGAACACUAACGAGGAAAUCGCCGCGACUCUUAUCAGCUUCGAUCGACACGCGGAAUGGCAGAGCAAGGAGGUCAAGAUCAGGCCGAAAAGCGGUUCGAUGCUCCUCUACAGCAGAAAGAAGGUGCGAUACCGUAGGGACGGUUAUUGCUGGAAGAAACGCAAGGACGGCAAGACCACGCGUGAGGAUCACAUGAAACUGAAGGUGCAAGGGACCGAGUGUAUAUAUGGGUGCUACGUACAUUCCGCUAUCCUUCCGACCUUCCACAGAAGAUGCUAUUGGCUCCUCCAGAAUAAAUUCUCUAAUUUUCAGAAUCCAGAUAUAGUUCUAGUCCAUUACCUGAACGUUCCAUACCCAGACGACAACAAACUAGCUGUGAUAACUCCAAGCCUAUCGCUAUGGGCCGACAAGAAAGAGUGGACGAAGGAAGAACUGGUAUCCCAGUUAAAACCUAUGUUCUUCAGCGAGGAAGAACCAGACCUGAACAACGAAUUAGAGAUUUCUACUGCGGAAACAGUGGAAGCCAUCGUGAGCCAGCUGAUGGAGAAACAACGAGUGGCGCGUCAAGCUGCUCUGGUCAAACAGCUCGAAUGCGGAUGUCCAGAUUCCACCUGCGCCGACGGAAAGAGCUGCUCACAUCCAACCCGCCGACAGACGCACCGUCCCGGACCUGUGAACAGCAGGCCGCCAAGCCGUCAAGACAACAAUCAAGUAUCAUCGACCACCGGUUCGGGCACGAUCCACACCAAUGGACAACCACCUCGGGUAUACUCCAGGGAGAUUAGGGGACAACAGAUCGUCCAAAAAGCCACGCAUACCUCGAAUGCUGCCAACACUCCACCAUUGGUCCUCAGUUUAUCACAGAUCCAGGGCGGCGGUGGUCUCCUAAUCCUGAACAACAAUACUGCGCAACAGCAUCAGAAUCACCAAUCGGUGACGCACUUCGCAAUCACCAACAAUCACAAUCAGAGGCAGAAUAAGAACGAGCACGUUCUGAAGCAAGAAGCGAUGGACACUUCUUGUAGACGGGAAGCCAAGAUGGAAGUCAGCGAUGGACUUCAGCAAGCGAUGCUGGAUUUCAGUCGACAGCACGAAGUGAUCAUGACUAGCGCUCCUCCUACUCCUACUAAACGUUUAGACAAUCAACGCACUAACGAAUACAAACGUCAGGAGUACGAAAACGUUGUUAUGCUGGGAUUCGACAACAGAAGUUCACCUAUAAACAAACACAACGGCAUUCCAUCCAACACAAUGAACGGUCAUUUCAACGAAACAUUAGACUUAUCGCAAGAAGACAUCCAGAGAACCCUCUCAGCCAACAUGCCCCUCUGCUCUAGCAAUCUCAACGUUCAGCAAAGACACAGGGAAGAGAAGAACGAGCCUAGCAGUUGUCAGAUCCAGCAACACACAAUCGAGCAUUCCGUGAACACCGAAAUAAAUCCCAUGGAUUUCAUCAACACGUGUGACGUUGUGGGAUCACCAACACAUGCUGUGGACGACGAUGUUUUCGUUAACCUUGACGCGUUCGACAUGUUGGGUGAAUUUCCGGACCUGGAAGUGCUGGAAUCUACCCAGAAUGGAAUUUUGGAUCUUAAUAAUUCAUCCGAAAUGCAACGAAAUCAGAAGCAGCAGGUCGAACAGGUCCAUAACUCGGUUGAAGGUUCUGCCAAGAUCACAGAUUACUCUCCCGAAUGGGCUUAUCCAGAAGGGGGCGUCAAAGUGUUGGUCACGGGACCGUGGCAGACCAAUCGGACGUACAGCGUGCUUUUUGAUACAUUCCCAGUUCCUACCACUCUGGUUCAGAGUGGAGUUUUGAGGUGCUACUGUCCAGCCCAUGAAGCCGGUCUCGCUAAUUUACAAGUUGCAUGUGAGGGUUAUGUCAUUUCGAACUCCGUCAUCUUCGAAUACAAGCUUCCACCUCGGGAACAACAGAUUACCGCACCUGAAAUGAAAUUGGAAAAAACUACUGACAAUCUCCUAAAAUUUACACUGCUGCAAAGAUUGGAAGCUAUGGACGAUCGUCUCCAGAUCAAAGAGGAACCUGCUGAUGGCUGUGACGUGGUAGAAGAUACGGCUCUCUUCACCCAAUCAAAUUUUGAAGAUCGGCUGGUGAGCUUUUGUCAAACGAUGACCUCAAGAACGGGAAGACAUAACGAAGAAUUGUGUUCCACCUGGUUCCCCAGCCACAGGGGUAUGACCCUCUUGCAUCUUGCCGCAGCAUUAGGUUAUUCCCGAUUACUUUCCGCCCUGUUGAAUUGGAGAUCAGAAAACUCUUCUUUAUUCCUUGAAACCGAAAUGGAUGCUCUCAGCAGGGAUGACGACGGGUUCACGCCACUGAUGUGGGCUUGUAGCAGAGGACACAAGGCAGCUGCUGUAUUAUUGUACAAAUGGAAUCACGUCGCCUUAAACGUGAAAAACGGGCUCAACCAGACUGCGUUGGAAUGUGCUAGAGGUAACAACCACACUCAACUGAUACGCGAGAUAGAAACUCUUGAAAGCAGAAGAGAAAAAAUGGGCAUGUCUGUACAUAAAAUGGGCACGUCGUUCGAUAAUUCUUCUGCCAUCUCGCCCGCUGAAUCGCUCACUUCCUUGGUUUCCAUAGCAUCCACGAGUAGAUCCCAUGACGGGGUGUUUUUACGACCAGGAGCUGUAACCAGGAGUGAGACGAACAAGUACAAAAUGCUGAAUCUUGACAUCGAGUCCGAUUCUUCAUUGGACUGCAACAAGAUAAUGGGCUCUAGCCCUAGUCCGAUGCUUUCCGAUUACUCUUCAAGCACUAGAUCUAACGGAAGCUUCCAGAAGCUCGUCAAGAGACCGUCGAUUGAUAGCGGAAUUAACCUAACUGGUAUAUUUGAGAAGCCGAGACAAUCUAAGCAUGCUAUUGCCAGAGAAAUGUCUAGGUUAUCGAAGUAUGAUCGAAGUAUGUCACUACCACUGAACAACGCCAAUGACAUCUUCUUGGACGAUCCAACUGAUCCUAACGGAAAGAAGAUGGAUUUCGUUUUGUGCGAGUUGAGCGACGGUGCAAGAAGUCCGCUCAUAGACGUAGAGGCAGUCUCAGACGACGAGGCAUCAGAAAUCCAUGCCGGUGCUGCCGUAGGGGAUCAAGAUGCAAGAGUUCUCACUUUGGCCGAACAAAUAAUUGCUGCUAUGCCAGAUAGAAUUAAGAACGAGAGCCAAUGCGAGGCUAUGAUUCUGGGCAACAGUCCCGGGCCUCCCGAUAAACUAUCAGGAGAUACCCUACAAGAUACUUUUAUGGAACCCCUAUUCGAUCAAUCAUCCUGCAGCUUCGAGUCUAAUGAAUUCAAUUUCGAGUUUUCCGAUCACAACUAUAGGUACUACGAUGUCAGUACUCCUUGCUCCAGCUUGAGUCCGGCUUCAUCUAGCUGUUUGCAGUCUCCGUCUUCUUUCAUUCUGGAUUCUCCUUCUCCCCCACCUACAACAGCUGAUUUCUGCGAGUUCUUUCAAGCUUCAGGAAGCAUCUUCGAGAAAGACUUCUCCAACUUGACGUUGUCUGAUCGGGAGCAGCGGGAACUGUAUGAAGCAGCCAAGGUCAUCCAAAAAGCAUACCGCUCGUACAAAGGCAGACAACAACGGGAGCAAGAGAAGGAGAGGGCAGCUGCCAUCGUCAUACAGAACUACUAUCGUCGUUACAAGCAGUUCGCUUGGUGCAAACAGGCUACUCGCGCUGCUACUGUUAUACAGCAUGGGUAUCGUUCUUAUCGGGAGAACAAAAGUUUGAAGAAGAGCCAACAAGCGGCUGUGUGUAUCCAAACUUACUACCGCAGUUACAAGGAGCAGGAGGGGAGACAAAUGAGGAGUGAACCUCAACCAACAGGUUUUAGACGGACAAUAUCUCAGAGACGUCAGAAUCAGGCAGCCAGAAAAAUACAACAAUUCAUGAGACAAUCAAAAAAUAAUUUAUGGGAAGAUGAUAUUAGCUGCAUGGUUACAGAGAGAACGAGCCGAAAGAGAGAAGCUGGUGGACCAGUCAGUGGAUGUCCCUCAAAGAUAACAGUUUCCAGAGGUGUUUUUCUACAUCGGCCUAAAUAGCAGUUCAGAAAAUACAAAAUGAGCUAACUAAGCAGGUCCACUCUUAGAGUUGGACGAUUGAGUUAAACGAAUAGGAGUUCAAUACAAUGAAGGCAAAAUGGAGUUCAUUAGAUAACUUUUUCUUUAAAACUGGCUUUCUAACUUGAAAGAGCUCUAUGAAAACGUGAAGUAAUAGUAUAAUUGGAAUAUUUUAAAUUUCUAUUCGGAAUAUUCUAAUUUUUUUGAUUUUCUCUAAGAGAUGCCGUGAAAUGUCUAUGAUUUAUCUUAACAAUUUGUUUUUCUCCUUUUUUUCCAUUUAUUGAUUCAAUUUUGUUUUGGUGUAUUGGUGAUACAAAUAAAAUGUUUGCACGAUUCAGCUUUCUCAAUCACUUACGAUAUCUGAUACAACAAGGCCAAAGUUACGCACAGUCUUUUCCAUAAUAAUAAAUUGAAUUUCACAAAAUUAAGAGCCGAAAACAAAACAGAUUUCUGAAUAUUUGUCAAUAAUAUGACUUAGAAACAUGAAAUAAAAACCUAUAGUUAGACAGUUAGUACAAUUGCUUACAUUAAUACCUCAUGUAUUAGUGAAAUUGGUAUUCACUGAAACUAAUGCAUCAAAAAUAUCACUUUUAUACAAAUGUCACUUUGGACUUUCCGAUAAGUUAGUGGAUAUUAAUUUACUUAAAUCAUGGAGAAAUGAUUGGAUCGUGCAAAAAACGCUGUAUCUAAGGAAAUUUUCUUCUUUAACAAUGGUCUUCUAUUGAUAAAACAUGCUUAACGUUCUUGAUACUUAAUAUACCUACUAUUGUAUUUAAAUGAAAUUGAAACUAGGUAUAUAAAAAAAUAAAUAUAAGUAGACUAUAGCACUGCUAUGCAUAUAAUAAGAACGAAAGGAAUAUUUUUUAUCCAAACUCUUCACCUCCUGAGAAAUAUUGCUCCUUCAAGUUUGAAAGCUUUCUGGAAAUGAUAAGGCUUACUCUUUGUGACUGUAUGAGGACAAAUCGUUUACACCAACUUGAAAUGAUUAUAUAUUCUAUCGAAAAAAUUGUAGCGAAAGAUUGACAAAAAAGUGAGAUGACUUCAGUUACUAUACUGUUUUUAAGCUGUGAUUGUAGUUUGGCAACACAUUUCAUGAAUAAUUUAGAAGGUAGAACUUAAUCUCCUCCUUUUCGAAAUUGUUUAUGCCUUCAUAUACUUUGGAGGGGUUUUAGUAUAAUUGUGAGAUGUUCGAUCAUAUGACAAAAGGUGAGAGAAAUGUGUUACCAAUAUGUAUAUAAUUUUAGCUCUUAUCUUUUUGAUGUAGGUAGAUGGUCUUACUACUUUUUCGAGUUGUUUGGGGUAAAUUCAACAAGAGCCUUAUUUUCGGAAGGAUAAAUCAUAUUUUCAAAUCCGGUUGAAAAAAGUUGAAUAGCGUUGAAUUUGCUUCAGACCUCUAUUAUAGUCUUAACCUAAGUUCUAGAUGAUUUUGUUUGACUGAUUUCACUGCCAUCACUGUAGACUAGACGAAUCAGGAGUAAUUGCAGUAUAGCAGACUUUAACCAACGCUGACUACUUUGAAUUUGUUUUCCAAUUUGAGUGUCCAGUUAGUUGAACAACGCAAAGUUUGCUCAUACAUAUCAUUGUAGUUAAUAUUUUAAUACGUAAUGUACAGAUAUAGAUUCAUAUUAUUGUACAAUGGAAAGGUGUACAUAAUCUGUUGAUAGAUUAGUUCAUGUAUUGCCUAACUCGAGGUAUUGGUGCUCAACAUUGGAAAUUAUUUAGCACAAAAGUAUUAUGUUUUCGAGACUAGUCAAUUACAAGUGAGAGUCGUUUGAUUUCCACUUCAAAAAAGAAACACAUGUACCUGCAGACAGGAUUGAAUACAAUCCAAAUGUUGUACUUCAAAUCCUUGUACAUAAAGUUGAUUAGCUAUA